GAGAGUAAACGGUAGAUAGAAAGGAGCGAUGAAUCUGAACUGUCAAAGUUAGUUAUUACAUCACGCGUUUUUAUAAUUUUCAUCGGAGCAAUUCAAUUUUUAUUUCACUUUUGUGUAACACACAACGACGACAACGACUAUUUGUUAUUGUGAUUAAACAAAAUAGAGUCAAAACGGCAACACAAUGAUUUAAAAUCCAUUAUUCAACAAUUCAACCAGAUAACCAUUGAGUCGAAGAAUUGUAAUAUUGCAUGAGUGGAUGUGAAAUUUCAUUGACAUCAAUUGAGAGAGAUUGAAUUUUAUUUGCAAAAUUGUUGCGACGACCAUAAGUGUGAUAGAACGAAACAAAGUUUUGCAUAUUUAUUUUCUCCCGUUGUUAAUUUGAAAAAAAAAGUGCAAAAAGGUGAUGUUGGCUCAGAUGCAAUAGUGAGAUUCGAUUAUGUCUGAUUUUGGAUCUGAAAAUAAUCAGUUGUAAUCUUCAGUUUGUAAGCACUAUCCACGUUCAUAAAAAAAAGCUACAACACCAGUAAAGAAAACACAUACACCAUUCAAGAUUUUUCAUUUUUGUUCAGAUAUUUCAUUUGCAAUUGGUAAAAUUUAUUUUUCUUUUUGUUGUUAUUUCAAACUUGUUUAAGUUGCUGACAAGAAGUGACAAUCAAACCAACAAAACAUAAAAACUAUUGAAUUUAAGAUUCUCCUAAUUGUGUUGUUCGAUUCCGUUGUGGUGUAAUUUAUGUGAAUAAAAAACAUAACCCCAAAAUUAAAAAAAAAAACAACUACUCGCGAACGGAUUCAUUGCAAACUAAAUUUAAAUAAAAAAAAAACAAACAAAAUUCUGUGCAACGCAUUGAACAUUGUAUUAUGGCUGUUUAUUUGAAUCGAACCCUAUCGAUCAUGUCUGGAAAUCUUGGGUCCCCAUCGCAUGAAAACGGAUUGGAUCGUUCACUACAUAACGUUGCCUACGAAAAUUCACCACUACAGAUCUUCGUCAAAGCUAAAAAGAAAAUCAAUGACAUUUUUGGCGAAAUUGAAGAGUAUGUCGUUGAAACAGCACACUUUAUGGAUGAUCACAAUGCCGAGAUUGCAAUCAUCGACAAAGCUGAAUCCGAACAAUUUCAAAGUUAUGUGCACAAAGUGGCCGCAAUACGACAAGUUUUGAAUCGAGAUCACAUGAAAGUCGCAUUCUUUGGACGCACAAGUAAUGGUAAAAGUUCCGUGAUUAACGCGAUGUUGCGUGAGAAAAUUCUACCAUCGGGCAUCGGACACACAACAAAUUGUUUCUGUCAAGUCGAAGGAGUCGACGGCAACGAAGCAUACAUGGUCAAAGAAGGCUCCGACGAACGACUUAAUGUUACCAAUGUGCAACAGUUAGCAAACGCUCUUUGCCAAGAAAAAUUGUGCGAAAGUUCAAAAAUUCGAAUCUUUUGGCCUCGUGAGCGUUGCAGUUUGUUGAGAGACGACGUUGUAUUUGUGGACUCUCCUGGUGUUGAUGUUUCGCCAAAUCUUGAUGAUUGGAUCGAUAACCAUUGUUUGGAUGCCGAUGUAUUUGUACUGGUCUUGAAUUCAGAAUCGACUAUGACAAUUGCGGAAAAGCAAUUCUUCCACACAGUGUCGAAACGUUUAUCAAAACCGAAUGUAUUCAUUUUAAUGAAUCGCUGGGAUGCAUCGGCAAACGAACCAGAAUUUUUGGAGUCGAAGGAUUUCGAUAAGGUGAAAUCACAACAUCAAGAGCGUUGCAUCGAUUUCUUAGUUAAAGAAUUGAAAGUCUGCGCUCCGAAGGAAGCCGAUGAACGAGUAUUCUUUGUGUCAGCACGUGAAACACUUCAGGCACGUAUUUGCGAAUCAAAGGGACAGCCACCCUCUGGUGGUGCUCUUGCUGACGGUUUUUCAAAUCGUUACUUUGAGUUUCAAGAUUUUGAACGUAAGUUCGAAGAGUGCAUAUCGAAGAGUGCGGUGAAAACAAAGUUUGAGCAGCACAGUUCACGUGGAAAAACGAUUGCAAAUGAAAUGCAUCAAAUGCUUGAUGAAAUCUAUGAAAGAGCCGGUUCAAUUCGAAAUGAAAAACAGAAGCAAAGGGCACAGCUAACCGAUCGCAUUGGUCACACCGAACAGGAAUUGAUGUCGAUCACACGUGAAAUGAAAUUGAAAAUCCACAAUAUGGUCGAAGAAGUUGAACAGAAAGUAUCAAAAGCAUUAAACGAAGAAAUAUGGCGAUUGAAUGUGUUAGUUGAUGAAUUUAAUUUGCCGUUCCAUACCGAACCGUUAGUUUUGAAUGUGUAUAAAAAGGAAAUAAAUGGUCAUGUUGAAAGUGGAUUGGGGUCAAAUCUUAAGUCACGCCUAUCGACCGCAUUAGCUAUGAAUAUCGAAACCGCUCAACGUGAAAUGACCGAACGAAUGCACUCACUCAUACCAACCGAAAGUAUCAAACAACAAAGCAAACAAAUUCUCGCACGAACACAACCAUUCGAAAUGUUUUACACAUUAAAUUGUCAAAAUUUGUGCGCCGAUUUUCAAGAGGAUUUGGAAUUUAAAUUUUCAUGGGGUAUCACUGCGAUGAUUCAACGAUUUACCGGUAAAGCCAAGAAGCAUCCAAACAAAAAUGCUAUCAUGUAUAAUAACAGACAAAAUAGCACAGCAAGUAUUCCAAACGUACUAAGCCCAAUUACAAACGAACCAAAUGUACCUCAUCAUGGCCUUAUUCAACAAACAGGCAUUUCGCAGGAACAAAUCUCAGUGAUAUCACGAUUUGCAAUGGCAUCGAUUGGAUCACAAGGCACCGUUGGGGGUCUUGUCGUCGCUGGAUUUUUGCUGAAGACAGUUGGAUGGCGUGUGUUAGUUGGUAUUGGAGCAUUAUACGGUUGUGUCUACUUUUACGAGCGCCUCUCUUGGAAUAAUUCGGCUAAAGAGCGAACAUUCAAAGAGCAAUAUGUUCGUCACGCGACCAGAAAAUUGAAAUUAAUCGUAGAUCUGACAUCAUCAAAUUGCAGUCAUCAAGUGCAACAAGAGCUCUCGGGUACAUUUGCUCGUUUGUGUCGUGUUGUUGACACUGCUACCGGAGACAUGAGCGAAGAAUUGAAGAAAAUUGAGGCUGAACUCGCUAUACUCGAAGGAAAUCAAAAGAAUCUUAAACUUCUACGCAACAAAGCAAAUUAUAUUUCAAGCGAAUUAGAUAUUUUUGAUACAAAUUAUCUACGACCAAAUUGAAUUGCCAACCCAAUACGAUAAGGGGUAUCUAAUUCAUUUGUUUUAAUUGUAAAAACAAAAAUGUUGAUUCAUAUUUGAAGCAAAAAAAAAACUUCGAGCAAAAAAUGUCAUAAUUUCUUUCAGUUGAAUCUAUCUAUUUCAUUUCUGAUCGGUAUCCGGCAAAAUUAGGCCAAACAAAUUUUUAGAAAUUAUUAUGAAAAAAAAACACAAACACAGGAGAGAUUUCAGAAAGCGAUAUAAUCAUGUAGUAACAUUUGAUUUUGAAAACAAUUAGUUAGCGUUAGCAUUAAAUGCAGCAUUGACAAUUGUCGAAUGUAAAUUGAAUUACUAUAUAUUUAAUAAAACAAUUGAACAGUAAAGGAAUGAA